GCGCACUCCGGUCCGGCUGCAUCAGCGCCUCUGGGCUUGGGUAGCGCGGCUACUCCAGUGGGCGGAGCUGCGGGGCCCUCUCCUGGCCACGUGACCGGAGCCAACAUGGCGGCGCCCAUCGGCGUCCACCUGCGCGUCCGUGGAGCCAGAACCUGGAAACAACCGUCAACUGAAGAAUGGAUGAAGAAAAUGUGGUACAUAGACACAAUGGAGUACUACUACUCAGCAGAGAAAAACAACGACAGCAUGAAAUUUGCAGGGAAAUGGAUGGAACUAGAAAAUAUCAUCCAGAAAGACCAACAUGGUUGUCAGAGAAUUUUCUCUUCUCCACUCAGUCCUCUCUACUUACACAAGCGGUCAGGCAGUCAACAAAGAAGAAAUUUCUUUUUCUGGAGACAAAGGGAUAUCUCCCACAGUAUAGUUUCGCCGGCCGCAGUUUCUCCUGCACAUCCUGUCCCCAAGCACAUAAAGAAGCCAGACUAUGUGACGACAGGCAUUGUGCCGGACUGGGGAGACAGCAUAGAAGUUAAGAAUGAAGAUCAGAUCCAAGGGCUUCGUGAGGCCUGUCAGCUGGCCCGGCACGUCCUCCUCCUGGCUGGGAAGAGCUUAAAGGUUGACAUGACAACAGAACAGAUAGAUGCGCUAGUUCAUCAGGAAAUCAUCUGUCAUGAUGCCUAUCCCUCACCUCUGGGCUAUGGACGCUUUCCAAAAUCUGUCUGUACCUCUGUAAACAACGUGCUCUGUCAUGGCAUUCCUGACAGCCGACCUCUUCAGGAUGGAGAUAUUAUCAACAUUGAUGUCACGGUCUAUUACAAUGGCUACCAUGGAGACACCUCUGAAACCUUUUUGGUGGGCACUGUGGAUGAAUGUGGUAAGAAGUUAGUAGAGGUUGCCAGGAGGUGCAGAGAUGAAGCAAUCAUGGCUUGCAGACCCGGGGCCCCCUUCUCUGUAAUUGGAAACACCAUCAGCCAUAUAACUCAUCAGAACGGUUUGCAAGUCUGUCCACAUUUUGUGGGACAUGGGAUAGGAUCAUACUUUCAUGGACAUCCAGAAAUUUGGCAUCAUGCAAAUGACAAUGAUCUGACCAUGGAGGCGGGCAUGGCUUUCACAAUAGAGCCAAUCAUCACUGAGGGGUCCCCAGAAUUUAAAGUCAUGGAGGACGAGUGGACUGUGGUCUCACUGGACAACCAAAGGUCCGCACAGUUUGAGCACACAGUCCUCAUCACGUCCAGCGGCGUGGAGAUCCUAACCAAACUGCCUCAAGAAGCCUGAGAAUCUACCAGCAAGGCCACCGAGGCCCAGGGCCCGUUUUCUUUAGGAGACCUCUGAGAACUGAGUUACCAACCACAGGCCACAUAGGAGCCUAUGAUGUCUCAGAGAAAAAUACAUCGAGGACAAGGGCUCUGGGGACUCAGUCUGCGGCCUGCCAUGGCCCCUGAAGAACCACCUCCUGGGCAGGUGGUUUGCCCUUUCCCUGAUUCUAAUUCUGAUUUUCCUGAAAUCUAUUCCAGGUUUUAUCCAAGUUUAAAAAAACAAACAAAAACCAAAAAUAAAACAACAAUAACAACAAAAACCCCAAGACAAAAACCUCUUAAAACCAUUGUGUUCACUCUUUAUAUGUAACAGUUACAGAGGUGGGGGGCAGGUGGUUAGUUUUGGAAUCUCCAAACUUUUAGCAUGCCAGCAGAAAGAAAAAACAGAACCUGUUAGCUGAAAAAAAAAACAUGUUUUAAUCUGCUUUUUCCCCUUGUGGAUCUUAAAUUGGUUGGACCUGAGGGCACUCCCAGAGGCAGCACCUGCUUCCACCCCCUGCCCAGCUUCCUCUUCAUCAAGGUCUGGCCUAGAGAACAUGAGCCAGGAAGCAUUGCCUACAAAUGUUUUCUGGGCGGUGGACCAUAGUUUAGCCUUUCUGAAGAUGUUAGCAGUGCAGACAAGACCUUGCAGACCCCUGAACCUCUUCAUCAGCAACCAGCCAUGCUUGAUCCCCUCCCAGCUGAGACCACCCCCACACUAGGUCAUUUGUUGUGCUGAAAAAUUGAGCCGCAACCCCAUACUUUAGAUGUGUGUCCCCUGAGUUUAGAGCCCAACCAGUCCUUACACUAUCCAACCCCUGGCUGCUGGUCUGGGACAGGCACUCCUCUGUUCCCCUGGGCUAUACAAAUCAGAUAUUCCUGAGACCUCACAGGAUCCCUGAGAGAGGAGACACCAGACACAGUUAAGACAAGGCCCUAGCUGGCCUGGUCCAGAACUGUGAGCUGUAACUACCGGUCAACUUGCCUGCAGCACCUUCUUGCUUCAAAAGCGGAAAUCCAUUCCUGCCUGGAGCAUCUGCUUUCCCUUGUUCUUGGGGAUCUGUUCACAGCUAGCUCCAGAGUGGGCCGGGCUGAGCCUCACAGGAAGUCAAGUCCCCUCUGGGCAUGUUAGAAAGAGCAUGUCUAGAGAGGUCCAGACCUCUAACUGCUAACUCUCGUUUGUGUUCCUGUGGAUGGUAAAGUGGCCAUAGUCUAAACAGAGCUUGGUUGUCAGGGAGCCAAGGACGCGUCUUACAUUUGCCAGGACAUCCACAGGGAGUUAGCUUGACUUUCAGACACCCAGAGCCAUGGAAAAAGGGGUGAGAUACUGAGGACAAGCACUUGGAAAAGUGGUAAAUCCCAGCUCUUCUCUAAACUUGGGAAUCUCUCCAUGUUUUCCAACCCUCCAGAUCAGUUUAUCUCUGUCUAGAGAUUACAGUUGUUUAUGGGAAUGAUUCUAAACCUAGUUUAUUUGAGAGUGAGAAGGAAUGGGGAUUUGUAAGAUCAACUGGCCAACUUUUGAGGUGUUCUGGAAUUAGCCAGGCAGAGGGUCAGAGGAUGGAGCUGUGGCCAUGGAGCAAUUCCUAUUCCCUAGAGAGGAACAGGGCCCAGCUGGCCUUAGGAGCUAUUUGCCAGAGAAUGACUUUCUUAGAGCAAUCAGAUUAGCAUGUAGUGUCUUUAUCUGCAGAUCAGUUUACUCCCGGGUCCCCCUAAGGAUAGUUUUAUUAGGACCACAGGAUUUUACCCACCACUGGGACAAUUAUUGCAGGUGGAGGUAUUUAUGGGGAAGGUAUAUAAUCUGAUUUAGUAAUCUAGGCUGCACUGCUGAAUUCAGCAGCUCUGUAGGAGACAAACUUGAAUUAAAGGAAUUUUGUGUAACAUUCUUUGAAGUUGGGAUUAGGACGCAGGUUUUUUUUAAAAAGAGCCUCGCCUUGUCCACUUCCUCAUCAGUUGGCCAGCUGAACUGACCUGACCGACACCUAGCCCUGAGCCACACCGAUUCCAGCCAGGAAGAAUAAGCUGGCUACCAUCUGAGCUGCUGGGUCCCGAGGUGACUCCAUUGAGUUCUGCUCCCCACCUGGAAUCUUCAAGACCAAUGCGAAAUUCUAAUUUCCUUUCAUACUUGGGCAGGAAAAGGUCUAAGCAUUUUAGAACAGGUGUCGCCUUAGAGUUGGGACACUUGGGACACUCUGGGCUCACCGGGUAGCUAUAAGAUCUCACUUCAGGAAGCUAAGUGAGGCGUGUGCACUCUUCCAGGGGCCCUGCUUAGCUUUUCCCUAGACUUGCUUUCUUCCUCGUAUCAGGAAAUAAUUCUGGAGUGUGCUCCCUCACAAUUCAGUUCUAAAUUAUGCCAGUCUCUGAAACCCUAUCGAGCCAGUCGGUCGUUUGUUCCCAGAAGCCAGCCUGGUCUCCUGCUCUGCUAAGUGGAAGGACAGAGCACCUCGUAGUCCCGUCUCUCCGGUUACCCAACCCAGCAAGUCUCUGGGAUAAACUGGCCCUGGGCAGUCUGGCCUUCGUAUGUCCUCUGGCCUUUCACUAAAUUCCAAGAGACACCAGUCUAGUUUCCCCCAGUCCCAACCUCGACCCCGGCACACACCGCAGCGAUCACUUACG